AUGGCAGGCCUCGCCGCCGCUGCCGUCCUCCGCCAGAAACACGAUGUCACAGUCUACGACCGCGACGAUACCGCCUCCGCACCGGAGCGCGGCGCCGGCAUCGGCCUAGGUCCCAACGGUACAAAGAUGCUGAAAAAGGCCUUCCAGUUCAGCCCCUAUAACGUCAAGGCCACCGUGUGCGCCGGCUCCAGGACGUACGAUAAACAGGGGAAUCUGUUAAGGGAGAUGACGGGCGUGUCGGAGCCGUUUGGGAGCGAGUGGCUGCUGAUGCACCGCGGUGAUCUGCGGGACGAGCUGUUGAGGCUUGCGACGGGGGACGCGGCCAAGUUGGGGAUUUCAGGCCCGCCGGCGAGGGUUGUGGAGGGGGUUCAGGUUGUUGGUGUUGACGUUGAGGCUGGGAAAGUGAAGUUGAAGGAUGGGGAGGUGGUUUUUGCUGAUGUGAUUGUUGGUGCAGACGGCAUCCAUUCCCUCGUCCGACAGGCUGUCGUCGACGGUCCAUCGCACAUGGUGUCACCAGGGGCCUCACUCUAUCGCUUCACUUUCCCUCUCGAGAAGGCGAGGGAUAUCUUGGGGGGAUACCCGGCAGCGAUAGACCCCUCCGACAGCGGAUUCCUCAACAUGAUGACGGCCGACGACGAGACGCACCGCAACAUUAUCUUUUACCCCUGCCGGGACAUGACGCUGCUCAACGUCGUAGACAGGAUCCCCGACGCCAUGCUGUCUGUGGAGAGCAUCACUUCCUGGAACGCAGAGGGGAGCGCGGAGGAGAUGCUGGAUCACUUUUUCGACUUUGCGCCGUGGAUGCUGGAGAUUAUGAAAAACGCCCAAGACAUCCACCUCUACAAAGUCAAAGACGCAGAUCCGCUACCGACCUACACCCGCGGCCGCGCCGUCCUCGUCGGCGACGCGGCGCACCCGAUGACGCCGUUCCAAGGCCAGGGCGCGACGCAGGCCAUCGAGGACGCCGAGGGGUUGCGACUGCUCCUCCACGAUGGCGUCAACGCCGAUAACCCCGAGAGCAUCGUGCUGGCGCUGCGGACGUGGGACUCGGUGCGCAGGCCGCGCGCGUCGCAGGUGCAGCAGAACUCGAGGCACGUGACGGAUAUGUCGGCCCAGGCGCAGCUGGAUCGGAUGAGGUUGAAUUGGACGUAUAACGGGAUCCACGCAGCGUUGAGGAAUCGGUAG